AAGAUGGCGGCGGCGGGAAGUGCGGCUGGGUUGGGCGACGGGCGGGCAGGCGGCCUAGGGCCCGGCCGGGCUCCGCAGCCUGUGGCGACCUGCAUGGAGCGCGGCGGGAGCAGCCAGCUGGACCCUGGCUUCUCGCAGCAGGACACGCCCCUCCUCAUCGUGGAGGACUCGCAGCCCCAGGGCGCGGAGGCGGACGCGGAGCGGGCUUGGCUCGGCGUGCUGGCCCGCCGGCUGCCGGCCCGGCGGAGCCCGAGCCCCGUGCUGGACAUCGUCCGCGGUCCUGCUGGCAGCCGGGCGCCGCGGGAGCGACUCGCAGGUAAGGGCGGGGCGCGGGGUGAUGGUAAGUCCGCGUACCGCGGCCGCGCUGACGGCGCUGUGCUGGCAGAGCCCAUGGAGAGCCCGGCCCGCCCGAGCGCCUCUGGACCGCGGGACUGCGCAGCGGAGGAGUCUCCAGCGCCCGACCGGGAGAGCAGUGCCCUUGGAAAGGCCGGGGAACGAAGUGAAGGUGAUGUUGAGGACUGUGCUUCUUCGCCGUGUGUAGAAGAUACAGGCAUGUCACAGCUCCAGUUCGGAGUUCUAGAGCUGUCACAGAGCCAGGACUUGGAGAGUGACUUAGUGCCCAGUGAGGGAGAUGCUAGGCAUCAGCUCCACUCUGGACCCACUGUCCUUUCUUCCAGACUUGUUAAGAAUGAAUCUAAAUAUGAAUUUUGUGCAGACAACACAGAAACUGACUCCAUUACAGAAGCACAUACUGCUUUGGAAACCCAAGCAAAGAAGUCUGAAAGAACUCUGCAGGAAGCAGAAGAGCAUACCAGAAAGGAGACACAUGUCAGUGGUGCUUGUAAAACUGAGGAAUCCCUUGGUUCUGGUCAUGAGGAGUCAGAUAUCUUGUCAACACAGGAAGAGAUGUUUCCCGAGAAUCAUGCAACAGCAGCUGCAGGGAGUGGCUGUCCGAUAACCAGGAUGGAAGAGGGAAGUUCUCUGGCAUGCACUCCUGCCCGCAGUCUGCAAGUCCUGCAGCUCUCUGGACAGGCAUUCCUUGUACAGGAGGGUGAUUCCACUGUCUCUUCAGGCCUAGCUAUUCCUCCUCCUGUUUCCUUUGGACCAAAUGCCCUUGUCCCCAGCAGCCCUACUGAACAGGGGAGAGCAGAAGAUGAACAGAUGGAUAUAUCUGUGCCCGCAGAUGGAAGAGAACUGACGCAAAAGCGGAGAGGAGAUAUGCUGGUGGAGAUGGCCUUUCCUUGUGUCCCUCCAAGACCUCUUGUUCAGCCACAGGCUUCAACUCCAGUGUCCCAGAGUGCCCCAACCUUCUUUCCUGGAUCUUUAGCUAUACCAUCACAACCAGAGUUCUCUCAUGAUAUCUUUGUUCCAACUCAGAGUCCAGAGAAUAGGCAUGAAGAAGAAAAAACUGCUGGUUUAACCCCUUUAUGCUUACCAGGAGAUCUCUCUGGAUCUACAGAUGCUUUGUCAAAGAUGUCUACAGGUGACUCUGUGUCACAGCCUCCUGAUUCCUGUAAACUGAUGCUUUCUGCAAGUGGAUGUAGCCAGCCCACGAAUACAGACAUCAGUUCAGACUCUUUGAACACGGGUCAAGACAGUGAAACCACACAGGUAGAGAGAAUUUCUGAAUGCAAGGCCUCAGACUCAAGACUCUGUUCUGUGGACAAUGAUAAAAUAAAACUAAAAGUGAAUGCAGGUGAUCAAGCACCCUCUGAAAACUGUGAAAAAGCAAAAAAGGAGGAUGUAGAGACUGCAGGAAUGCCUGUAGGACAGUUUGUUAGUGCAGGUGUUGCAGGAGAUGGGCCAUUAGCCUCUGCAGUUCAUCAGGAGAUUGAGUGUAUUUCUGGAAGUCAGGCUGCUGCAGAUCAGUCUGGUCUGCCUGAGAUUUUGUCAUAUGCUCAAGAGACUUCCAGACCUGAGGCAGUUCCUGAGACUCAGUGUGAAGAACAAGAAGAAAAACUGCAAAUAAAGGAAGAUAAGUCUCUUGUUAAUAUAACACUUUCUCAUAGGUUUAUUCUUGAAAGGGAAGGACAGUGUCAUGAAGAUACAGAGGUGAAUGAUUCUUGUAAAAAUAGCAAAAACGUAGCCCAGGAAUUAGAAGAGGUUGGACCAGAAUGCCAGGGAAAAGAAGCUUUGAAAGGUUGUACUUUUGAUGCUGGAGAGGCAAAGAGCCUGGAUAAACUGUCUACUAACAUGGCAAAGCUCAAUGAAGUUUUAGCUAAGCCUUCUGUAGGGGAGGCACUGGAGCAGCGCGAUUUGCUUCCGAACUUAAAGAGUGAUGUCCAAUCAGAAGUGGCGUUGUGUGCCAAAAACCAUCCCGAUUGUUCAGAAUUGGGACAGGUAGUGAUAAGCAAUCAGCCAUCACUUCAAGAGAGAGGGUUUGAAACACAUGUGGUUCAGCAUGAGAAUCCAGUAGUACAGAAUAUGGAGGAUACUGUUACGACAAGGAAUCUGGAGCAAGAAGAGCAAAUGCAGCCACAGGAGAAGGCAACUUCUAAAUCCCCCAGUCCUUCCAGUGGAACCCAAUUUCAUUUUACUUUGCCGAAGGAGGGUGAUGUCAUUCAGUCCUUAAGUAGCAUAACACCACCUCUUACUGGCCAUCUCAAAAUGGGACCCAGGAGACACAGCACACCAAUUGUGGAUGAUACUUGCCCAGACAGUACUAUAGCAACCAGUGAUGUUACAGCAGAGGGCACAAUGGGGACCAACAAUGUCACUGUGGAAAGUGCAGUGGUAUCAGCAGAUGUAUUAGAAGUGUAUGAGAAAGGAGAGUCUGGUGUGGUUCCUGAGUCGGAGGCAAAACUUUCUCUGCGAAUGAACCUUGUUACCCCUGUGAAUGAUGGGAGCGAGGAGUCCUUGCCGUUCAGCUUGGAAAAGCCUGCAACCAGUGACAGGAAAGAUGGAUCCUCUGCUGCUGCUGAGGCUGCUGCUAGCUCCCAGAAAGCAUCAUCUGUGUUCAGUCGUGUCUGUGAAGUUCGUCGAGAGGAUGAGGCCAGAGGUCAUGGUCUUUCCACUUCUCCAUUUAGGGGGGAUCGGUUAAUUUUUCCUGGCCCAAAAGAAGAUGCUGAAUUACAUACCAAUCCCAGUGAUUGGCAGUACCAGCCGCAGAAGGCAGACGACAGUGGUGGACAGAGCCUAAUUCCUCAGAGGAUGCAGCAGGACUGCCAUCAACUGUCUUCUGAUGCAGAGGAUGGCGAGUCUAUGGAGACUGAUGUUGCAAGCACUCAGGGAGAAGAUGGGAAAAGAAUGCAGAAAAAACAAAGUAAGGCUGUUCAAAUUGAUCAAAGUCAAGAGAGGUGGGAAAACAUCAAGAAUAAAGGGAUCCAAACUACAGCAGACUGUCUUUUUACCCCAACAACUACUGUUACAACAGCAACACAGACAUCAGAAGAAAUCUGUAGACAGGUGGAAAUGGGAACCAGUAUGUCUGGGCAAAAACCUGGGCAACAAGAUGUGAACAUUCAAACUGAUGAGAGUGGGGAAAAGCUUGUCAACACCUCUGGAGACGACACGGACUCCUUGCGCAGUCAGGGAGAGGAGGAAUUUAACCUUCUUUACCCACCCAAAGGCCGAGUUCAGCGUCGCCACAUGCGAACUAUUCGAGAAGUGCGCACUGUUGUUACGCGUGUUAUAACAGAUGUUUACUACAUCAAUGGUGCAGAGGUGGAACGAAAGGUGGUUGAGGAAACUGAGGAGCCUGUAGUGGAGUGCCAGGAAUGUGAGACCGACAUGUCCCCCUCUAGAACUGCAGGGGGCUCGUCGCUGACCUCAGGGGACCUUGGUGAUGUCAGCUCUUUCUCGUCUAAGGCCUCGAGUCUCCACCGUACAUCCAGUGGAGGAAGCAGUGGUCACUCUGCCACACACAGCAGCAGCAGCUCAGGGCGAGGAACUGGAGCUGCAAAAGGGAAAGUGUGUGGGACAGAAACCGGAGAAUUUGCUUUACCCAUUGGCAGAGGCAUCUUAGGAAAAUUGAGCCCUAGGAAGGGAGCUGGUCAGCCUGCAUCGUCACUCAGAGUUAGCCAGACAGGAGCACUGCCUUGUGAGGAAGAGGACUGUAUGCCUGGCACUCGGCAGGUUGGCAGAGUACCUGUGACACUUCGUGGACGAGGAAGAAGAGGACGCCCACCAUCUCGAACAACAGGAGCAAGAGAUUUAGCUGGACUACCUGUUACGGAGGAUCUCUCAACUACAGCAUCACCUGAGGAGAAAUCAUUUACUCGUUCAGUUCGCCUGCCAGAUGGAGAAGAGAAAUCUGGCACUUCUGGCUUCUGUGCCUUACGUCGUAGUGACUCUCCAGAAAUCCCAUUUCAAGUGGUGACUGUUCCUUCGGACUGUGCAGACUCAUCCACUGGGAGCAGCUUUGUGGGCCUCAGGGUAGUAGCAAAGUGGUCCUCAAAUGGGUACUUUUAUUCAGGGAUGAUUACCCAAGAUGUUGGAGCAGGAAAGUACAAGCUGCGCUUUGACGAUGGAUAUGAGUGUGAUGUGCUAGGAAAAGAUAUUUUGCUGUGUGAUCCUAUCCCACUGGAGACAGAGGUGACUGCACUCUCUGAGGAUGAGUACUUCAGUGCAGGUGUGGUGAAGGGACACCGGAAGGAGUCUGGAGAGCUAUACUACUGCAUUGAAAAGGAAGGCCAGAGGAAGUGGUACAAACGAAUGGCUGUUAUCCUGUCUCAGGAGCAAGGAAAUAAGCUGCGGGAGCAGUUUGGGCUAGGUCCUUAUGAACCUGUCACCCCUGUGACCAAAGCAGCUGACAUCAGUCUUGAUAAUCUGGUGGAGGGGAAGAGGAAGCGACGUAGUAACCUUGGUUCUCCCAGCACUUCCAGCAGCAGCACAACUCCCACUCGUAAAGGGCAAGAGGGUCCACGUGUCCCACCAGUCUCACUGUCUGGGAAAAGGAAACUUAUUGCUUCUGAAGAUGAACGAUCCCCAGCUAAACGUGGCCGCAAGUCAGCAAUGAUAAAGGCUGGGGCUGUGAGAACUGGAGAGUUUGUAAGCACCUGUGAAGGUGUAGAUGCUGCAGAUCCCCCAGUACUGGACAGUGACCAUGGACCCUUGCCCCACAAUAAGACCCUCUUUUUGGGCUAUGCCUUUCUUCUCACCAUGGCAACACCAAGUGACAAAUUGGUCAAUCACCAGAAGCCAUCAGAUGGUCCCACUGGGAGCAGUGAGGAGGAAGAAGAUUUUUUAGAGAUGACUCCAUAUGAUAAACAUUACAUAGCACAACAGCUGCGAGCAGGAGCUGGCUAUAUCCUGGAAGACUUCAAUGAAACCCAGUGUAAUGCAGCAUACCAGUGUCUUUUAAUUGCGGACCAGCAUUGUCGAACUCAGAAAUACUUGCUGUGCCUUGCCAGAGGGAUCCCUUGUGUGUCUCAUAUCUGGGUCCAUGAUAGCUGUCAUGCUAACCAGCUUCAAAAUUAUCGGAAUUACCUUUUGCCAGCUGGCUACAGCCUCCAGGAGCAAAAGUUGCUAGAAUGGCACCCACGAGAAAACCCAUUCCAUAACCUGAAGGUUCUCCUGGUGUCAGACCAGCAAGAGAACUUCCUGGAUUUGUGGUCUGAAAUUCUCAUGACAGGGGGAGCAGCAUCUGUUAAACAGCAUUACUCACAUGCUCACAACAAAGAUAUUGCUUUGGGUGUUUAUGAUGUGGUGGUGACUGAUUUUUCCUGCCCAGCUGGUGUCUUGAAGUGUGCAGAAGCUUUACGGCUGCCUGUUGUCUCGCAAGAGUGGGUGAUCCAGAGUCUUAUCACUGGGGAGAGAGUAGGCUACAGGCAGCAUCCAAAAUAUAAACAUGACUAUGUCCCUCAGUGCUGCUGGCUGUUUUUACUAUGUCUUCCUGAGUGAGCAGAGAGGACUUUUUCCCCCCAAGGACAUGUAACUUCAGUGUGAGCUGCAGCUGUGUGCAAAUACCAACCCUUUGAGGGGAAGGCUGGUUUCCUGGCAGCAUUUGUGUUCAAAUUGGGAAACCAGAUACAACACCCCAGUGAUGGACUGGAGGCUUCUCUUUUGCCAGUCAUUCAAAUGGACUUCCAUGAAGAUGAUCUGUUCAUUAUAGCAAGGCUAGGAAAUCUUAGUAACCGGCAAGAGCUCCUGCCAGAUCCUGCUCUUCAAUGACAGACAAGGCCAUG